AUGAGUGAGAAGCAGGCACGGCGUCCUCCUGUGGCGCCAAAGCCCUCUUUCAUCCAACAGCACAAUGCCACCGCACCCAGAAUCUCCCCCUUGCCAUCACCUGCCCUUCAGGGUGCCACUUUGGCAUUUGGACCGGCCGCGGUAAAAACGCCCAAUAUCUCCGUCUCCGCAUCACAUAAUCCAUCUGCAGGAGCCCUGCUUGCGGCAACCACUGCCUCUAUCAGGAAGCAGCAACAACAGCAGAAUGAAGCCCCUUCACAAGAGGCAACCGUCAAUCCUCGGGGUCGGACGUUGACAACAGAGAAGCUGCCAGUCGCGGUUUCCGUCUACUCCUCAUUAUCGCCUCCUAAGCCUGGACUUCGACCUCGUCCUCCUCGAUCUACAUCUGCCGUUGCUGCCAUUGCGGCUUCGGCAAAGACAAGUCCUGUCCGCAGGCCGGAAUUGAAAAGAGAUCAGGCGAGCUCGUAUCUGGCGAGGCGGGAUCCAUCUCAGGUUCGAAGUCGGGGCAUGAGUACAAGUAGUAGCAGCGAGGCUGUUCAGUCACUUCAACAGAGCGCGGCUGCUCUUGCUGGGGCCAAGGCUUCGAUGACAACAGCUCCUGUCCAGGUCCAGACUGCAACAGGUGACAAGCAUAGAAGCGACCUUGGCUACCUUUCAAAUUUGCCUCUUUCCUCCGCUCAGACCUCUUCUGCCCCGAGUCCCUCUCUUUCCGGGGCGGCGGCGGCCGCCACAGCUUCCAGGAAUGCUGCGAGCCUAGAGGCGAGAAGACGGGCUCUGUCAACUUCUGAAGAGAGUAGUCCAAGCGCACCAGUCUUCCGAAAUCUUACUGUGUCCCCUCAAUCGACCACUAGCUCAUUAUGGCCACGCGUCAAAGUGACUCCUCCGCCGACUGACUCGGAGAGUGACACCGGACGGUCAAAGGUCGAAGAUGCCCACAAGCCUCUACCGGCGCCUGUUCCGCUGCGCGCCAACCGCGCAGCAAUUGUCGCACAAGAACAAGCUUCCGCCCUGGAUUCGCGAACCGGAAUGACUGCAAGUUCUCUGGCGGACGCUAUGGUAGCAGGCUCCAUUGCAGCCUCUCACACCGGCUCUCGUGGAGCCUCUCCUGCAUCAAGCAAGGUUCCGCCUCCUAUACCUCGUCGGCGCUCGAAAUCGGUGGGCGCAUUUGAGAGCGCAAGACAGUUAAUGCACCUUCCUGCUAUGAGAAGUGAAACAAUCUCACAAACACCAAAGCUGAAACCGCUCCCUGUGCGGCCUAUGAGGCAGACAUUGCGGAAUCCUUCGCCAGAGCGCGAUGAGCCCCCAGAAGAGAAGCGUGGCCGCAGACAUUGGAGGCGACAUCCGAAUAUGCACCAUGAAGGGGAUCGCAGGCGGUGGAGAGACAAGGUCACGGAGCGUGAGAGGAAGCGGUACGAAGGUGUUUGGGCAGCAAACAGAGGGCUAUUACUCGAUUACGACUUGGGAAACCCCGGCUUAGGGCCGAGGAAGGAUGGCACUCCUGUGACUGAUUUGGUGGUGAAUGUUGUGGCACGAGAUAUUUGGGAACGAAGCCGUCUGCCUAAAGAUGUAUUGGAGGAGAUCUGGGACCUCGUCGCACAGCCAGGCGCGAAGGCACUGAACCGCGAGGAGUUUGUGGUGGGUCUUUGGCUCAUUGAUCAGAGGUUGAAGGGGAGAAAACUGCCUAUUAAGGUCUCGCCGAGCGUUUGGUCGAGUGUCAGGCAUCCAGAGGGUGUGAAAUUUUCCAACAAGGCCCUGCGUAGAUAG